AUGGCCCUUAAAGCUCUGAAUUCACAGGCGGCGCCACCUGCGCCGCCGACACCGGCACUAAGGCAUGAGGAGGUUGAUGCAAACAGGACUAAAGGGAAGCGCUCAAAGCGUUCACGCAAUGACGUCGUACCCAAUCAUAUGGAUGAUGAUGAAUUCUUGGCUCUCAGCCUCGUGAUGCUCUCUCGCGGCGCUCCCUGCACCUCCGGAAACACCAAUUGCGCCACCGUUGAAACGAAAAAUGAUAUUAAACCUGUUCCCAUAACCAGCGAACGUACAACUGUAAAGAAAAAAAUAAAGUUGUCUUUGUCUUCGUUUCCGUCGACUGGGAUGGUAGCGGCGCAGCCUCAGAAUCCUUACCAGUGCAGUGUUUGUAACAAGGCUUUUCAGUCAUAUCAAGCACUAGGAGGCCACAAAGCCAGCCAUGGGAUUAAGUACUCUUCUGCCACCGCUACUGCAUCCAAAGAUGGUCACCUCUCGCCGUCAACAUCCACUGUCACCGCCUCUAAUACCACUUCGCUCAAACUAACCGCUAAACAUCACAAGUGCACCAUCUGCCACAAAGUUUUCUCCACUGGCCAAGCUUUGGGUGGCCACAAGCGUUGCCACUAUGAAGGCGUAAUUGGAGGCGGUAACAAGAGCAGCAUAACCUCUUCCGAAGGCGCCGCCUCCCACAGCCAUGGACACAACCACACCGUCCGUGACUUUGACCUGAAUUUGCCGGCGUCGCCAGAAAUUGCCUUGGAUUUGAUCCUUUACCGGCCGGAAGAUAAGAGUCAAAUAAUUAUUUACGAACAAGAACAAGAAGUAGAAAGUCCCCUGCCCGUGUCUGCGAUUAAACCGCGUUUGUUUCAUUGA